GUCCUUUAUCGUUCCCAAUCCAUAUAUCUCUAGUGUCUACGACGCUAACCUAACCUAACCCAUCAUCUAUCUAUCGUCUUCUCGCGAACGCCGAAAACCAUACCAUAUUCUCCAUCCAUUCGCAGAGCAAUAAUGGUGUGCAUACGCAAAGCAACGAUGGAUGACCUGUUUGCAAUGCAGGCCUGCAACCUCUUCUGUCUCCCUGAGAACUACCAAAUGAAAUACUACUUCUAUCACAUCCUCUCUUGGCCCCAGCUCCUCCACGUCGCCGAGGAUUACGGCGGAAAGAUCGUUGGAUACGUGCUUGCCAAGAUGGAAGAAGAGACCACGGAGUGUCACGGCCACAUCACUUCCCUCGCCGUUCUCCGUACGCACCGUAAGUUAGGGCUUGCGACAAAGCUCAUGACCGCUUCACAGAACGCCAUGGAACAGGUGUUUGGUGCGGAGUAUGUGUCACUGCACGUGAGGAAGAGUAACCGUGCAGCGUUCCAUUUGUACACAGAGACACUUGGAUACCAGAUCCAUGACAUAGAGGCAAAGUAUUAUGCAGAUGGAGAGGAUGCAUAUGAUAUGAGGAAGCAGUUGAAGGGGAAGAAUCAGCAUCAGCAUCAGCAUCAACAUCAACAUCAGCACCAUCAUCACCACCAUCAUGCUGGUGGUUGCUGCUCUGGAGAUGCAAAAGCUGAAUGAAGAAGGAAGGUAUGAUUUAGUUGUAAAAGGAUGGUUGUCAUGAUUGCAGAGUCACUUGUUUCUGUACACUUGGUAUUUGAAUUUGAGGCAGGCAAGCUGUCGAGGAACUUUAUGCUAAUGUGCAUUUUUUAUUGUUAGUGUUGAUUUGGUGCCAUAUGUUUUUCAAUAAAAAAGCUGAUAAUGUUGUGGUUUCUUGCUGAAA